GUUAAUGAUACCUGCAAAAAAACAAAAAAAGCACAAGAACUGAGGAGGGAGUGGGUUAAAAACAGACUAGAAGGUAAAACAAAUCUAUCGGAUCAUAAAUAUGGAUGUGCUUGGUAACGGGUUCUCUUGAACAGAUAAGAACUAACUUUGACCCAGGCGGCUACGGAGAGCAGGGGUUGCUUUCUUCCUAAUUAACUCCUUUCUCGGCUUGGAUCUCUCUGUCUCUCUCUCUACCUCCCUACCAUGAAUGGCUGAGUCAGAAAACGCGACAGCGGUUCCGUACCUUUCCGGAGCUUCGGAACCACCGGAGAUGCGUACAAAGACUUGCCGAGUCCUAACCUGGAAGACAACGUGUGCGCCCCGGAUCGACCCCGCGCGCCUCACUCUCGCCGGGCGCCACAGCGGGUCUGCACCUCAAGCAACUCCGCGCCGUGCGCCCCGCUCCGCCGUGCGCCCCGCCCCACCGUGCGCCCCGCCCCGCCUGUACGGCCCGCUCCUUACGGCCAGCUUGGGUAGCGACCCGGCCCACCAAAGAUUCUGACCCCCACCCUCGCGAACCAAGGGCCCGCGGAUGCAGGGCGCGAUGGCCGCCCCAUCCGUGGCCCCGGUCACGCGGCAGAUCAGCGGCCGCGCCGCCCCAGCCGCAGUCCCAGACCCGAGCGGCCCCGAGAGCGGGCAGUCCCUGGCCGCCGCCGUGGCCGACCUGCCGGUGCUGGACGCCUCCGGGAGGCGGGUGCUGUUCGGCGCGCUGUUCCGGGAGCGCCGGGCUGUAGUGGUCUUCGUGCGGCAUUUCCUGUGUUACAUCUGCAAGGAAUAUGUAGAAGAUCUGGCCAAAAUCCCCAAGAGUUUCUUACAAGAAGCAAAUGUCACUCUUAUAGUGAUUGGACAGUCAUCCUACCAUCAUAUUGAGCCUUUCUGUAAACUGACUGGGUAUUCUCAUGAAAUCUAUGUUGAUCCUGAGAGAGAAAUUUAUAAAAGAUUGGGAAUGAAAAGAGGUGAAGAAAUUGCCUCCUCAGGACAGAGCCCCCAUAUAAAAUCAAAUAUACUCUCAGGAAGCAUUCGGAGCCUGUGGCGGGCAGUGACUGGCCCUCUUUUUGAUUUUCAAGGAGAUCCAGCUCAGCAAGGUGGAACACUCAUUUUAGGUCCAGGUAACAACAUCCAUUUUAUACACUGUGAUAGGAAUAGGUUGGAUCACAAGCCCAUCAACUCUGUUUUACAGCUUGUAGGAGUUCAGCACGUGGACUUUACAAGCAGACCUUCAGUUAUCCAUGUGUGACAUUACAGACUCUGUCGCUUUCAAAUGGACCUUGGGAUAUGACCUGAAUUGUGGGAAUGUAGUAUACUUGUGCAGUGCCUAACUUGUUGGCUCUUCCCAGCCUUUGAGGAGUUAUGAAACCAUAAAGAGACCAUGUACCACCAGUUGAAUAGCAUGCUGAGAGGCAUUAGUUGUCAAAAAUGUGAUAUAUAUUUAUAAUUUUAUAGCUUUUGAAGUUUUAUUUUCUAUAAAAAUUUUUGUAAAAAAAUUAUUUUAUUUUUGUAAAAUAAAACUUUAAAAGCUAUAAAAUUAUAAAUACCAUUCUUUAUUUUACAUUAUGAUAUAUCCAUUCAAUGAAGGUUUUUUU